AAAUGAUUGAUUUUAAAGAUAUUAAAAUGAAGAUGUGAGAGGUUUGACAGUAUGUAUAGAAUAAUCUCUAUAUUGGCUGUGAUAAUUAGCAAAAUAAGUUGUCUCUACUGCUACAAAAAUGAUCUUUAUAAAACAUACAGGUUGGAGAAGUUAUGCAGAGGAGAUGGAGGAAAGGUCGGAAUUGUUAUAAAUGAUGUCGUGUCGGCAUUCUUCCUUAACUCUUCUUUAGUUCCAGGUGAAACAUUUAACUGUCAUGUGGAGAUGGUGGUUCGAUCAGCAAACACAGGAUUUUUUGUCUACUUUGAAGAAAUGAAUCUCUCCGAAUCUACAUUAUCAGGGUGUAAUGAGGAUUUUGUCCAGUUUGGCCGAGAUAUCCUGUUCGUGACGUCACAUCUCAGUAAAAAGUACUGUGGACGGAUGGAGAAAGUGUCACUGUCCCACUGUGAUAAGAACCGAACUGAGCCAACUCCAACCCUCAAACUCGGAGAAAGAAUCUAUUCUGAAGAGAGAGACCGAGAAAUGGAUAUUUGGAUUAGAUUGAGUGUUCCCGCAGUAACAGUAACCUCGAAAACAGUAACCUUAGUGGUGACACCGUUCAAGAAAGCUUGCAGUGCAAAUGAUUUGCAGUACAGGAAAUGCGGGAACAGUCCCCGGUGUAUCAGAAAAGAACUGUUCUGUGAUGGACAAAUUAACUGCGCUGUUACGGAUAAUAGUCCGGAAGAUGAGAGGAACUGUAGUUGGAUGGGUAGAGGUAUAGAGGAACCAAAAACUUGGAAAUCCCAAGUUCCUUUUCUAGAAGGAUUUUUGUUUCUACUUGUAAUACUUCUCAUAGUUCUAAUCUACAUUGGGGUUAGAGUAUUCAGGAGGAGAAAACUGAAUAAAGGGGAAUAUCCUGCAGUAAGGGAGCAAAGGGACCUAAUACAGUUCAACUCAGACCAGUAUAGGGAGUGUGAUACCGUAGUUCCUGUUAGUGCCCCCUCGUGUCCUCCCCUCCCCCUCCCCCCUCCAUACUCACAGAUAGAUUCCAGUACAGUCAUACAGUACAGCUAUGCUAACAGAUAAAUUAGCUAUUCUAACAGAUAAAUCACCUAAGCUAACAGAUGAUUCGGCUAUACUAACAGAGAAAUCUUCUACACUAUCAGUUUAAUCAGCUACGCUAACAGAUGAUUCAGACAUGUGAACAGAUGAUUCGGCUAAACUAACAAAUAAAUCAGCGCUACUCUAACAGAUGAUUAAGUUACGCUCAUAUAAAUCAUCUACGCUAAAAGAUGAUUCAGCUACACUAACCGAUAAAUCAGCUACACUAAAAGAUGAUUCAGCUACACUUACAGAUAAAUCAGCUACACUAACAAACAGAUGAUUCAGUUACACUAACAGAUAAUCAUACGACGCUAACAGAUGAUUCAACUACACUAACAGAUAAAUCAGCUACACUAA